UGUACGCAGUUACAUAUGGGUAUAUAUAUAUAUGUGUGUGUGUGUGUGGAGUGCUGAGACAAUACUCAAUUGAAAUGUCACUGUUAACGUCCCUCUUCUCCCCUUUAUGAGGAACCUUUCUUGGGUUAAAACCACCAUGUGAAGGUCCUUUCUUUAUUCUUGGGAAAGAAUAAAAGCUCUACAACUCUCAUAACUCUCCUUUUAUCUGUUCACCCCUUCCUCUAUCCCUCUUCUCCCCUUUCGGGUUACAUUUGGUGCUUUCUUUGUGGAAUUAUCUCUCUCUCUCUCUCUCUCUCUCUGUGUUGGUGAUACAGCACAAUGUAUAAGAAUCAACUGCAAGAGCUUGCACAGAGAAGCUGCUUUAACCUCCCUUCAUAUACCUGCAUAAGAGAAGGCCCAGAUCAUGCCCCAAGAUUCAAAGCUUCAGUGAACUUCAAUGGGGAGAUAUUUGAAAGUCCCACUUACUGUUCCACUCUCCGACAAGCGGAGCAUGCAGCUGCAGAAGUUGCCCUUAAUUCUCUUUCUUCCAGAGGCCCUUCAAGGUUUCUAACCGCCAGGGUUCUUGACGAGACUGGGAUCUACAAGAAUCUGCUUCAAGAAACAGCCCACAGAGCUGGUCUUGAUUUGCCAGUGUACACAAACGUGAGAUCAGGUCCUGGUCACACUCCAACGUUCUCUUGUACCGUGGAGCUCGCCGGCAUGAGUUUCACGGGUGAACCUGCAAAAACAAAGAAGCAAGCUGAGAAGAAUGCUGCAAUUGCAGCUUGGUCUGCCUUGAAGAAAAUGCGAGGUUUGGACUCUCUGGCAGAGAAGGAAGGUGAAGAGAAGGAACAGGAAGUAGUGGCAAGAGUUCUCUCGAGUUUUAGACCCAAGGAAGUGAAAAGAAGGGAGCCACACCAAUCAAGGAGAAGAACACUCACACGAAGUCACAGAGACACAAACAGUGAUUUGUUGAGUGGGAAACUGAGGUUGAUCAAUCUGUUGAGCAAUAGCCAUGAAGCUUCAUCGUCACAGAAACACCAUCAAACGAGUUUCAUCUCUCAAAUUCCACCGCCAAAAUCAUCCAGAAUCCUGCCAAACAAUUCCUCAAGAGUCCUAUCUUCAGUUAAACCCUUCCAACAACAAUCCAGAGAGGAAUCACAAGAGAAGUUUCAAGAAUGUGUGGAGAAAGGGCACCUUGCUAAGACAGAAAUGAUCAUCAAGUCGCUUCCUUUGCCCACGGCUCAAAAUAACACCACAACAAAUGAUUCACCGACCCAUAGAAGCAGCUACAGUAAGCUCUUGCCCUUUUCCGACAAGGCAACAACUGCAGAGGUUUUCUACAAAAGCAGAGGAUUGUACACAGGAGGGUUUAGCUUAAACCCUCAUAGAAUGGCUCCAGCCGUUCAAAUCAGAUCAGUGAUUCCGGUUUGUGCAGCUCCACCGCCACAACCAGCGAAGCCAAACCCUAACCCAUCAUCAUCAUCGCCAUCAGUCAACGAAUCCGCAUCCCUUCGUCAUCGUUCUGCUACCGGUAGUGCCAUUAGCUGCGAGAUGAGCAAACUAGGUUUUCAAACAAAAUCCAGAUUAGGCGAAAAAUCUGAUCAGACCCAUGAUUAGUUUAGCCAAGAUUAUUAAUGGGUUACAUGCAGAUUAUCCACUUGUUCGGAUGUUCUACCAUGAGACAAUAAAAAAAAGACAUAUGGGUAGUGUCUGUCUGUUUCAUCGUGUUCUUGUCUUUCGAGUUUGAAUUUUACGGCCUGACAUGAAUUCAAUGCCCUGAACUGCACGAAGACCAGAGAGAGAGAGCAUUAAAUGGAGGAAGAGAAGACGAUGGCAUUGGCAGUGAUGAAAUAAAAGCGUUUUAAUGGCUUUUGUCUUCGACAUUAAUGGCGCCGAUUGCUCUGCUUCUCCUUCCCACUCUCUCAUUUAAUGGCUUUUGAUUCUUUAUUAUGAAACUUUUACGUCUGAAAUAUGACGUUUCGGAAUUUGUAAUUAACGAAACAAACGUAACUGAAAACCAUCGUCCAUGGAGUUUUCUGCU